UUUAUGUCGCAGAUAUAAGCUUCCUAGCACCUUGAAAGCUUGUGGUUUUGUUUUAAGGAGAAAUAGAGCUAUUUGAGGUSGAGGUGAAGGAGUUUUUUGCUGCUUAUCGCGACGAAAGGUUAAUGACGAAUCCCAGAAUGCGUAGCGGUCACGUCUGYAGCAGGUGCAGAGUCCGGUGAGCUUAUUUUACCAUAACAAUGUGAAUCCUAUACAUCAGUGUUGUAUUGAAGCGUGUAUGCAUAUGAAGAAGGCUGUGACGCUCAUAAAAGGCAUCUUGAAACUCCCAAAAUUAAGAAGAAAGGACGUUUCGAAAGAUGAAAGCAACGAAUAUGGAAAUUUCACCAGACCUUUUAUAUCUAACUGCAAGGCUUUCAGGCCAUGCAAGMGGUGUAUACUUGUAUACGAAAACACGAUAUGGGCCUCUCUUGAAAGGAAAUUAUUACUACAACACCACUGUGAGCUAGUAAAUAGUGAUUACGCACAAGAAUUACAGUUUGAUUCAACACAUUUCGAAUCUGACRCUGAAGUCUCCGAGAUAGAAAAUAGAAUACGAGGAUUUUUUARCUUCUACGGGCUUUGGAAUACGAAUCACGGAGAGUUGCCGCUAUUCUGCAAUAAAAGUUGUAUGAGCCCAGAGUGUCUUACGGGUCACACAUUCUUCUGGGCUGCUGAUGACAAGACAAGAGAAGAAAUUCAAUUUGGKCCUCAUUUUCCAACUUUUGUAUUUAUUACCAAGUCAACAGAAAAGUGGCCGAUGCCUUUUUUGUACGAGGAUUUAGAUUUGAUAUUAUUUCGAGSUAGUUUUGCUGUUUUACGUUCUCUUCUGGACUACCGGCAAUUACCACAAGAGCUGACAAUGGCAUUGAACGCGGAGAUCUGGGUYGUACUGUCUAAAAUUCAUAUAUGGAGUGCAAGUUUAUUAAGUGAAGAAGUCCUGGUGUUCGAGUACCUGGAUGGUUUAGUUUGGUCGGCGUUCUUUGAAGUCCCCAAAUCGCGUGACUCCAGGGCCUUGCACUUAGAAGCCCUAUACCAAGCAGUGGACCAAAUCAUGGACAUUAGUCUCUACAUUACAUUGACCAGCGGAAUUCCACCGGAGAAUCAAAGUCACAUCAAAGAUACMAUCAUAGAGACUGCUACUGUAGUUACGUCAACAGCCGCCGAAAGCACAGCCACUGUUGGCAUAGAAACCGCUGCUAUGGCGAUGGGCCAAGCAGCGGCUGGGGUUGCACUGUCGGUUCUAGUUGACGUGGGAAUAACGGCGGGAAUGGUGACCCGCGCCAAAAUCCGUCGCGACAAAGGUCUUAUAUCUCAAAAGGAAUUUCAGAAGACAGUUCGGUAUAAACUUUGUGACUCCAGCUGUCAAUUCAUCGGGGGUACCGCAGGGACGAUUGUCGGGCAGGUCCUGAUUCCAGUCCCUGUGGUUGGGGCAAUCGUUGGGGGGUUCUGUGGAAGCUUGUUGGGAGCAGGGGUUAGCAAAGGGAUAAUUAAAACGUCGGAAAUCAUUUCCAAAUCUCAGGCGGCAAAGUUAAAAGCGAUCACGGAAAAAUAGAAUGGGCAUUUUUUUAGGAAAACUUCGCAAAUAGAUGAUCAUUUUGAAAUCUAGGGCAGCAAUUUAACAAAACCAAUUACAGAAAAAAAUGUGGGCAUUUUGUAGGAAAACUUCGCAAAGACAAAGAAAUGUCGAAGAUCAUUUCAAAAUCUAAGGCGGUAAAGUUGAAAGCAAACACAGAAAAAUAGAAUGGACAUUUUUUAGGAAAACCUCGCGAAGAGAUUAGCAAAAUGUCAAAGAUCAUUUCGAAAUCUAGGGCGGCAAAGACUAAAGCAAUUGGGAUAAAAUUCGAUGGAUAUUUUGUGGACAGCCUCGCAAAAAGAUUAGCGAAACAUCGAAGAUCAUUUCGAAAUCUAGGGCGGUAAAGAUUAAAGCAAUAAGAGAAAAAAUUAAUGGAUAUUAUGUGGACAGCAUCGGAAGGAAAUAGGACUUAAAU